AUGAAUUUAGCAGAGAGAGUUCAAAAAGCGAAAAAAUUGCAACAAGUGCCCGGUACAGAUGAAGCAGUUAAAGCUGUUCAAGCUCCAUUAGCGAACAUGUCAUAUGAACAGAUAUUGUUUCUUAGUACAAAAGAGACCCGAAAACGUCAAAAAGAGCUAUUUAAAAAGAAUAAUGUUCAAAUAAAGAAGAAUUUUAUAUUGCCUAUAUUUCACAUCCCACUUUGGAUUAUAGUGUCAUUGACACUGAGAGAUUUGAAUGGAUGGUCAUCUUUGGGUAACCUACACAACAAGGCUUUAGAUCCCUCAUUAUAUGUCGAAGGUUGCUUAUGGUUUCAAGAUCUAGCAGUUGCCGAUCCAAUGCACGUUUUCCCCUUGAUCUUGGUAGUCAUUUCACUUUGUAAUGUUGAGUGGACCUUCCGCACUUUGAAACUAUCUAGAUUGACACAGAGAUUAAAGUAUCACCCCAAUUUGACUGAUGCAGUUGCCAAUUUUUCAAGAAUGUCUACUGUUUUCAUGAUGGCGAUUUCAAUACAUGCACCAGCUGCCUUGGUAUUAUAUUGGAUAUCCUUGCAGUUCUUUUCAUUGAUUCAGAAUAUGAUAUUGGAUAUAAAAUACCCCAUUUCGUUCACACCAAAAAAACGGUUCGGUGGAGGUAUCUUGGAGAAUUAG